CCCAACGGCUGGUUCUAUUUCUGUGAAAUGAAUAAUAGUUACUGAAAAAAAAGAUUAUAUCUCGAAAAAAAUAUACGAAAAUGUUGAUCGGCUGUUAUAUUAUUGUGAGCAUUGUGUUAUUAAGUGUUAUUUGUGAAGAAACUGUCACAAAGAAGAGGCAGCGAAGAUAUUUACUGUUCACACCAAGCACACAGUGGGGUGUGUUCGCAACAGUAUCAAUUCCUUUACACCCGGAGUCCUAUGUGAGCGUCGCGUGGUUCUUUGAAGCUAACUAUUACACCGUCGCCAAUGCUACAUACUUCGAGCCUCUGCUCGGCGAUAUUGAAACGGUAUCAAGAAAGAGAGAUGAUCGCAGCAUACAGGCUCCUGUAAAAGUAAUUACGCGAAGCAGCAUAUACACACUAAUUGAAUCCAUGUUGGAAAAAAACGGGUACCCUGGCCGGGAGUGCUUGCUGAAGCUUAUAUGCGAGAAUGCUCACUCUCAUUUUCUGCACAAUGGACUUAUGGGAGACCUGAUAUAUCUUGUGCUCACACCAUCCGCAUCAAUGUCGGAAGACGACAUAGAUGACAGUUUCUACGAAGCAGAGUACUACGGGUUGGACAAAAAAUGUAGAAAAUACACUAGAAAUUGCCCGGCGAAUCUUCUCGAACAAAUUUCUUUAUAUGCUGAUUAAA